ACAGAUGCAGCAGAGAGCGUUCUGACAAGGAUCUCGAUUAACUAUAUAUAGAUUUCUUUCCACCAUGCGAGCAAUAGCAUUGCCGUUGUUGCUGUUGGGCCUUUUGGUCAUCCAGAAGGCAGAGGUGAGUGUGGCCCAUGUGGUACCUCUGCCUGUGGCUGUUCCCUUGCCAGUGGCUGGAACCUAUUUGAUACCUCAUCCGGGGCCAGUUGUGUUGUUAGUGCAACCGGUAGAGGAUGAUGGCUCGUAUAAGCAAAUUUUAGGUGUAGAUGAUGGACUAUGGAAACCACAGCCUGGACUAGAAGGUGAAUAUGUAGAGACGGAGACGGAGACGGAAACGGGAAUCGAUUUGAGUGAGAAUCAAAGUGCCAGCUCAACAGCGAAUCUGGAUGCAGCAGAGGAUGAAGGUACUCUGACAUCUGACAGCUCGGCGAGUGUAGCCGCCGAAACAGCAGCAUCUUGCGAGGGUGGAGCUGGUGCAGGAGGUGGUGGAGCUGCUGGCCAGCCAGGUGGAUUGCUUGGUGGGGCUGGUGGCGCCGGAGGUGCAGGCGGAGGAGGCAUUUCGGGCGGUGGAGGCGGCGGCGGCGGAGGUGGUGGAGGUGGUAUUGCAACUUCAGGCGACAGUGGACAAACAGGAGAGCCCGGAGCACCAAGUCCCUCUGGACCACAACCGGAUGGUGAGGAUGGGGCAGAUGGCGCUGAUGGCCCGGACGGUCCAGAUGGUUCUAAAGGCGGCAAAGGAGGCAAAGGUGGCAAGGGAGCUCGCAAUGGAGCUGGAGGCGGCGGAGGAGGCGGCGGUGCUGCUCCACAUUCUGCCCCCUAUCCAGCACCCGUAUGGCCGGAACCGGAACUGAAUGCAAUUCACGUGUUGUAGAUAGAUUCCUUGGAAAUGCUGCAGCGGCCAUUUUAACCUAGUGAUUUAAGCCUUGUUUCUAGCCUUAAGUCUAGUCAACAAUUCUAGAGCUCACAUUUAAGUCCAUGCAAGCGAAUAUUAAAAUUCGAUAAUGCCUAUACAAAAGUA